AUGGCGACGCCGGCGUCCACCGUCGCGGGCACGCGCGUGGUGAAGAUCGGGGACGCGUCGCUCGAGGUGCCCUCGUUCGUGAGCGCGUCGAACGUCGGGACGAGCGCGCCGCGAAAGAAGCAUUUUCGUCAGCGCGCGCACUGUAAUCCGUUGAACGAUGGGUACUAUUACGCGCCCGUGGGACCGUGGGAGAUCGACUGGCGCGAGCACUACGAGGAAUUUUUCGCGAAGCGGGACGGCGACGGCGACGCGGGAAGUCUGAAGAUACGCUUCGCGGACGUCGGAUGUGGGUUCGGAGGGAUGCUCGUGCGACUGGCGGAGGUGUUUCCGGAAAAGUUGAUGCUCGGGAUGGAGAUACGGGACAAGGUGAGCGAGUACGUGCGCGAGCGGUGCGCGGCGUUGCGCAAGGACCACCCGGGUAAGUACUGGAACAUUUCGUGCGUGCGGGCGAACGCGAUGAAAAAUUUGCCGCAAUAUUUCGAAAAGGGGCAAUUGGAGAAGCUCUUCUUUUUGUUUCCCGAUCCACACUUCAAGGCGGCGAAUCAUAGGCGAAGAAUCGUGACGACGACGUUACUCGCCGAGUACGCGUACGUGCUCGCCGAGGGCGGAAUUUUGUACACCAUCACCGACGUCGAGGAACUCGGUAAAUGGAUGUCCGAUCACAUGUCCGCGCAUCCAAUGUUUGAACGCGUGCCCGAGGCUGAGCUCACGAAAGAUCCCGUGGUGCCGCUCCUUUACACGGGCACCGAGGAAGGGCAAAAAGUUGAGCGAAACUCGGGUUCGACGUUUCUCAACGUCUUCAGGCGCGUCGCCAACCCGAACCAUUAG